CUCUGAUUCUACGCACCCAAAGUCAAUGGUAGUACCUUUGAAUUAUAUUUAAAGAAUUUUUGACUAAAAAAAGAUCAAUGGCUGGCAUCAAAAAACGAAUAGCUGUUCUUGGAGGUGGAAUAGCUGGAAUCUACUCAAUACUUUGUUUGAAUGAAGAAGGCAUUUUUGAACCAAUUUGUUUCGAAAAAACAGACAAACCAUUCGGGACCUGGUGUUAUAGAGAAGAAGUAAUCGAUGGUGUAUCGUGUACCAUGUCUACAACAAUCAUUAAUCAUAGCAAAGAAAUGGGCGCUUGCAGCAAAUUUCCUCCUGCGAAAGAAUUCAACAAUUUCAUGAAGCAUAGCGAACUGUAUCAAUACUUCACGCAUAUUGGUGAAUCAACAGGCGCACUGAAGCACGUCCAGUACAACAUGGAAAUCGUAAAUGUACGAAGAGCUGAUGACUACGAUGAAACUGGUAGAUGGGCUGUUACAGUGAAGAACACGGUUACUGGAGAGGAGUCCACCGACAUUUAUGAUGGUGUUCUGGUAUGUACUGGACAGUUUACAAAGAAAGUAAUGCCAACGUACAAUGGUCAAGAUCUAUUCAAAGGCGAAAUUUCACAUACGCAUAGUUUGAGAGGAAUUGAAAAAUAUAGAAACAAAAGAGUGAUUGUUGUGGGCAUGGGAUGCUCUGGAUUGGAUGCUGCAGUAGAAAUCAGUAACAUUGCAAAGCAGGUAUAUCUUAGCACACGCUCUGGAGCGCACGUUAUUCAACGGGUUGGACCACAUGGAUAUCCAUUUGAUUAUCAUUUAGCAAGACGUUGCAUAUUCCUUUUAUUUGAUAUACUUCCAUCUAAUGCAGUGAGCUGGCUUUUUGAGUCUCUUUUUAUGGAUCCACAAUUCAACCAGAAUUUAUAUGCUAUCAGACCCAAAUAUAAUAUUUUGUCUAAGGAUCCGGUUAUAAAUGAUCAUCUGGCUUCCAAAUUGCUGUCGGGAUCUGUUAUUCAAAAGCCCGAUAUACAUUGCUUCACAGAGGAUGGUGUCAUUUUUGAAGGAGAUACUGAAGUCACCAAAGCUGAUGCUGUUAUCAUGGCAACCGGCUAUGUAUCGAAAUUUCCAUUUUUGGAAGAUGGAACUGUAAUACAGGAAAAAGGACGAAUUGAUCUUUACAAAUGUGUGUUUCCAGCGCAAUUAAAACACGGGACUCUCGCUGUAAUAGCCUCAGUUCUUCCAUUUGGGCCAGGAUUUCCAGUAGGAGAGCUUCAGAUUCGAUGGGCAGUUCAAGUGUUAGCUGGUAAAUGUAAACUUCCACCACCGGAAGUAAUGCUGAAAGAAGCAAAAGACAGAUACGAUAAGAAUUUAAAAAGAUAUGCUCCCAGCGAGAAAAUGUCACUUAGAAUAGAUUACAUACAAUACUGCGAUGACAUAGCUUCUGAAAUCGGAGCAAAGCCAAAUUUGGUGAAAAUGCUUUUCACUGACACGAGACUGUUUUUUAAACUGUUUUUUGGACCCCAUCUACCUUAUCAGUACAGACUUCAAGGGCCUCAUUCUUGGGAUGGUGCUAGGGACGCUAUUAUGACAGCCGAAGAAAGAAUAUUCUACCCAUUAACAAAAGGAGCUUCAAGGACAGAUGGGGAAAAUAUGUUGCUUAAGCCUAUAUUGAAAAUUUUGAGAACAAUUUUUUAUUAAAUAUCAUUGAUAUUUUUAUAGAAGGACAUUUUUUUUUCAGAAAUAUCAUCAUUUGUAAUGAAUUCCAUAAUUUAACGCAGCCUCCAAUAAUUAUGCAUGAGUCAUCAUAAAAAUACAUUAAUAUGGCAUUAUUUAAAUUUUAAGUAGAAAAGAAGAAUGAUUUUGAAAUGCAUCAGUUUCUGUUUCUGAUAAUGUAAAUAAAUAUAAAGCAACAAUUGGUUUCAAUUGUGACUGUUUGAGAAAAGAAAACUGAAUGUUCAUUAAAACUGUUAGUUUUAAUUUUCAGUAUGGAAUGUAUUGUUUUCGUCUUGAUCUCUGUUUGUUUUAUAUUUGUAUAUUAAUUUUCUGUUUUAUUCUAUUCUAAACUCAAAAUGAAUGAUUCCAUUUAUACGAACUUAUAACUUUAUUAAAAAUAUCAUUACAAAUUUUUCUUUAAUAAAAAAUAUUAUUUAUCUCCUAAUUUUUUUGAACUCGCUUUUUCUAAUUUCUUAAUAACAACUGUAAAUGAAAUUUAAAAAUGUUUAUAAUUUCAUUUAUUUCUGAAUGCAUUUAGUGUGAUAUCAUUUUACCUCAUUUAUUCCUUGGGAAUUUUAUAGAGUUCUGCAAAAAAUUUUAGCUUAUCGCAGGGUUCAUCCUUCAAGCGUAAAUACUCGUCGACAGAAAAGUUUUAUCAGUUUAAUUUUCCUUAAACUAAAGCAUAUAACACUUCGUAACUGAAAAUAAUUUAUAUCUUUUCACAAAUUGAAGCAGCACAGUUAUAUUUCCUUUUUUUGUUAAUUUUAGACAUAUAUGUUACCAUUUAAAAUUAAACAUGAAAUUGAAAGAAUUAUGGAUUAAAAAUGAGGCACUGUAAAAGUUUAAAUAAAUAUUUUUCACAUUAAAUCCAAUACCACUCAAUUCAAAUUUUAGCAAUCAAAACUUUAAUCUACCAGAGGUUGAUUAUGGUUCAUUGAGGAGUUGUUUGAUUAAAGUACAAGUAACGUAAGUAAAACAAUAGAAGUUUUCAGCAAUGUGAUAAGAUUUAUUUUUUGCAAUUAACGUUUGAC